GUGCCCCAACAGACAGGAAAAAAAGCUGAACCGAAAAGGUGAUGGUGAAAGUUCAAAUAUCCAGCCAGCAGCAACUGUGAACCUGUGAACCUGUGAUCGCUUCCAACUGACACUCAACUGUCUGCCUGUCCGUCUGUCAGAAUGUGCAUACGAAGGAAGGAAGGAAGCCAACGGCAGAGCACCAGGCCACUCGAAUCCUCUGAAUCAGAAUCAGCGGCGCAUUCAACGUCAGCACAUAGUCCCAGGCACUUGAUCAACAGCAGAAGAAGCGGCAGAAGGACAGAAUGGAAGACGAAGAGGCAUCGUAAUAAUGCCCCCGAUUAAAGAACAAAAAGCCAGGCUGAAGUGCUCCAAGUCAUUUGUGUGCUCAUUGUGCGGCAACCCAGGGCAAACAGCCAGGCGAAUGGAGCCACAGCCAAGGCCACAGCCAAAGCCAGUGACAGUGCCAGUGCCAGCUCCUAGCCGACUGGAUGGAUGGAUGGUUGUUCGGCGGAAGUGCUCUAAGAGGCAGACCCAGGGCUCAGUCAAGACAGCGCACAUAAUGUCUGCUAAUAUUUGAAGAGUGCGUCGCAUUAAUUGACAUGAAAGAGUCACGAAAAAGUGGAAGAAGAAUGCAUCAGCAGCGGCAGCAGCAGAAGCGGAGCAAAUGCAGCGAACAUAAAGGAUGGGCCCUAAUGAGUGCGACAGACAGAGACACUGAGACACUCUAGACGAACAUAAAGGAUGGGUCCUAAUGAGUGCGACAGACAGAGACACUGAGACACUCUAGACGAUGGGCCUGGUCAACCAAACGAUGCCCGAUGCGGGCAAGAUUCGAAUGAUGGUCUCCCGCGCCCUGAACGUGUGGGAGAACAACUCCAAGCUGACGUUCCAUAAAAAACCAUAAAAAACGCACUUCUUUAUUGCCAUAAACAUGGGCCACCAGCCAAAAGGCCAUAAAAUUGCACUUAAAACCCAGGCAAACGAUAAAUAAGCCACGUAUUAAACCAUGGAGCUGGAACAGGACCACCAGGAGCUGUAGCCAAUCACGAUGUACCGAUGAUGAAAUGCCAGCAAUGCCAGCAAUGACAAUGUCCAAGAACAUGCCUCCUGCUGCAUGGCAGCGGAAUCAAAGAGUUUAUGUGGCAGCUGCUUGUUCUUAGAUAAGCUUCUCCAGCACGGCGAUGGCUAUAAAUUCGACGGUCCCGGUCAGGUGCUGGCCCAUGCCUUCUAUCCCGGCGAAGGACGCGGCGGCGAUGCCCACUUCGAUGCGGACGAGAUCUGGAACUUUGACGGCAACGGGGACGACAGUCGAGGAACCAACUUUCUGAAUGUGGCGCUGCACGAACUGGGUCACUCCCUAGGGCUGGGCCACUCCUCGGACUCGGAUGCGGUCAUGUUCCCAUGGUACCAGAACAACGAGGUGGACGGCAAGCUGCCGGACGACGAUCGCACUGGCAUUCAGGAGCUGUACGGCUCCAAGGAGAAGACCUGGGGACCCUACCGGCCGCGCACCACCCCGAGCACCACGACUACCAGCACCACCAUGCGAACGCUCAACUACUAUCCCCAGUCCAACUAUCCCAACUAUCGGCCGCGAUAUCCCCCCAGCUACGAUCCCAACAGAGAUCGAAAGAGGGAGCGGGAGUGGGAACGCGAACAGGAACGGGCGCGGCAGAUGCAGCAACGGGAGCGGGAGGAGGAACGGGCUCGCGAACGGGAGCGGGAGCUGGAGCGCGAACGAGAGCGGGAGGAGAGGGAGAGGAACCGACAGCGAGACCGGGAGAGAGAGCGGCUGAGCACCAGCACAACCACAUCGAGGACGCCCACAACGCGGCGUCCGUAUCCAACCACGGGACAGCGGCAGCACCAGCCCCACCACCACCCCCGGCAGUACAAGCCCCGCAAGCCGAAGCCUGACAGCUGCCUGACCAGCUACGAUGCCAUUUCCAUGAUCCGCGGCGAGCUGUUCAUCUUCAGGGGACAGUUCCUUUGGCGCAUCGGGGCACGCGGCAUGUAUCCUGGCUACCCCACGGAAACGCGCUGCCAUUGGGCAGCCCUGCCCGAGAACUUCACCCGAGUGGAUGCGGUGUACGAGAACAAGCAGCGCCAGAUUGUGUUCUUCAUUGGUCGACAGUACUAUGUGUUCAAUUCGGUGAACUUGGCCAGCGGCUAUCCCAAGCCACUGGCCAGCCUGGGGCUGCCUCCGACCUUGUCCCACAUCGAUGCCUCGUUCGUGUGGGGCCACAACAACCGCACGUAUCUGACCAGCGGCACCCUCUACUGGCGCAUCGACGACUACACGGGCCAGGUGGAGCUGGACUAUCCGCGGGACAUGAGCAUUUGGUCGGGCGUGGGCUACAACAUCGAUGCCGCCUUCCAGUACAGCGACGGCAAGACGUACUUCUUCAAGAACCUGGGCUACUGGAAGUUCAACGACGAUCGCAUGAAGGUGGCCCACGCCAAGGCGAAGCUGUCGUCGCGCAAAUGGAUGCAGUGCGCCCGCAGCGUCAACGAAGUGGACGACGAGCAGCCCUACACGACGCCCCUGGUCUCCGGCGAGGAGCAGACAACGGAGGCGAGCGGCGCAAGGGAACGUCGCAUCAGUCUCUAUCUGCUUUGUGCCCUGCUACUCGCCACAGCUUGGAGCAGUUAAGACUCAGCGGAGGGCUUAGGUUUAGCCAUACAUAGCGAUAAGCACCACGAUUCGCCUCAUUCGGACUCGGAUCCCUCAUUUUCCACAACCAGCACUUACAUAUGCAUAAACACAUAAAUAUAUAUACGAAAUACGAUUAUAUCUAGAUGUAAAGUUGAGCAGAGCGCAACUGUGUGACAGUCUGGCGCUUGAUUGCCCCCAAAGAAUUAAGGGCACAAAAA